AUAUGAUAUCAAGACGCCCUUUUCCGUCACAUGACUUGUCCGCUGCUGGGAGCUAGUCUUCAUUCGGUCUGACUUAUUGGAAAAUUUUUUAAUUUUAAUCAAAGUCUUAAAAAUGUGGCAAUCUCUAAUGGAAACAGCUAAAUACAGCCCUUUUAAGAAUCCAGUCAGCAUCGCUCAUUGUGAACCUGCAAACAACGAUAAGAUGUUAUCACCCGUACCAGGACGUACUAUUGGAUUUGCAGCUACACCAAUUCGUCAGCCAGGAGACAGUUGUGACUUUGGCUCACCGAAAUACUUCGCAUUAUGUGGACUUGGAGGUAUACUAUCAUGUGGUCUUACUCAUACAAUGGUUGUGCCAUUAGAUUUGGUUAAAUGUCGAUUGCAAGUCGACCCUGGUAAAUACAAAUCUUUAAUCCAUGGUUUCAAGGUUACAAUCGCCGAAGAGGGCUCAAGAGGCCUUGCUAAAGGAUGGGCACCUACAUUCUUUGGCUACUCUGUACAAGGGCUUGGAAAAUUUGGUCUUUAUGAAUAUUUCAAGAUCCUGUACUCUGAUCUUAUGGGAGAAGAGAAUGCUUUUCUGUGGAGAACUUCACUAUAUCUUGCAGCUUCAGCCUCCGCUGAGUUCUUUGCUGACAUUGGUCUCAGUCCAUUUGAAGCAACCAAAGUAAAAAUCCAGACAACACCUGGAUUUGCUAGCACAUUCAGAGAGGCGGUCCCAAAAAUGUACGCUCAGGAGGGAACCAAUGCUUUUUUCAAGAGUCUUGUUCCACUGUGGUGCAGACAGAUUCCAUACACAAUGAUGAAAUUUGCAUGCUUCGAGCGUACCGUAGAGUUAUUGUACAAGCAUGUUGUUCCCAAGCCGCGUGCCGACUGCACGAAGGGAGAACAGUUGGUCGUCACUUUUGCUGCCGGUUACAUCGCUGGAGUGUUCUGUGCCGUCGUCUCACAUCCUGCUGACACCGUAGUCUCAAAAUUGAACCAGGAGAAGGGAUCAAGUGCCCUCGAUGUAGCCAAGAAGGUCGGAUUCGGAGGUCUGUGGAAGGGUCUUGGCCCGAGGAUCAUCAUGAUUGGUACACUAACAGCUCUGCAAUGGUUCAUCUACGAUUUCGUGAAAGUAUCUCUUGGAAUUCCUCGCCCUCCACCACCAGAGAUGCCAGAGUCACUCAAGAAGAAACUAGCAGCUGAAGGAAAGUAAUUCUAAAUUUGUUGAAAUUCAUGUUAUGAAAAAAUUGUAGAAGCAGUAAGUCGAAAUCCAUGUAAAAAUUAUCAUUCCAUUCAGUAAGAUAAUAGAAGCCCCCAUUAGACCCAAUGUAUAUUAGUUGAAAUUAAUUUGGACAUUGUCAUUAUUUACACAAUAAUUUAUACGCUUCGACGCAUUUUAUUUCAAGGUCAUUCCAUACAACCUCUCUCGAAUUUUAUCAACUAAGUUAAUGAAAUCAUUCUUGUCCAACUUUGAUGAUUAGAUGCUAGUCUAAUGAUUUCAAAUGCUUGAAUUUAAAUUAUUUCCUUUGAAUUAAGGAAUCAAAAUCUCAUGUCUAAUGAGCAAUAUUAGUCUAUAGAUAUUUUGUGUAUUUAUUUAUUUUGUCCUGCUUGUUGUAUUAAAUUAAUGGCUUUCAGCCAAAUUUAGUUUGUUAAAACGUCAAUCAUUUCAUCGUAAUGAUUAAUGUAUUAUCAACUGCAUUAGUUCAGUCGUAAAAUUAUUUCUCAAUAGUGUAAUCAUUCCAUUGAAUUUAAAUUCAAAAUUUUCCAUCAUUUAUAGUCUACUAGAGAUUUACUUUUAUUAAAUGAUUGUCGAUCAUGACGAACUUGAAAUAUUUAAAUUUUAAUUCAAUUUCCACUGAUGUUUUACUGGCAUAUCUUUUCAUUAAAAUCUAGCUACAUAAAAAUGUAACCAUGAAUUCCUUAUAAAAUUUCAAAUUAAUUUUUGAAAAACAAUUCAAUGUUUUAGUUGAAUGUUAGUUAUGUUGAAAAAUUUAGUCAUUCCACUCAUCUCAGAAAAUGCAUUAUGUAUUCCAAUAGAUUCGCUAUUAAAUGUUAAUCACAUUCCAUCAAAAAUUGCAAAUUGAUGAACAAAAUCUGUUAUAUUAAAGUUUCAAUUAUUGACAA